AUGAAACCGCCUUCAUUGUUGCAGGCCAUAGUUCGCUCGUGCCUUAAAUUUCAAGAAGUGGCAAAGGUUUGGAUACUUCUAAAAUGUCCGGAUGAAAAUGACAUUGAUCUGCCGGAUAUUCAUGCCAAUUCCAACGCGGACAAUGAAGAGCCAGAAACGUUGGACCUUAGCCAGCAGCCAUCAGCUGCUACCUCGCUAGACAAUCAACCAAUAGAAUUCAAGAUCGAGCAGCCGGGACGGAAACGUCCAAGAAAUCCGGUUGACACUGGUGGUUAUUAUCAUCAAGACGAGCUAGACAAUUACCGAAAACGCCAGAAACUUACCAUGCAGCAUUACUACGAUGAAGCGUAUGCUUCAGUGGAAAAGAAAAUGCGGAAUCCUUUUAUGGACGAUUCAUUGAUGAAGCCAAUGGACUCCUUCGAGAGCUACGCACGUAGUUCGAUGAAUCCCAUCAACUAUACACUGACAGCGGAGGCUAUCAACAGGCGAAUUCGAAGCACUUUAGGACUUGAGGAUGAUCCACAGGUAAACUUCGAUCGCUCGAGAGCUCCGUCCAACGAUGAAUGCUGUACCGCAAACCCUGAUUGGCUGAUGAGACGAAACACCUACGCUGACAAUCCAUUCACCAUCACUUCAACGCAGGUGGAUAUAAAACCACCCCCAUUCGCUCAUGAUGACAACAAUAAUGUGGAUAAAAAACCCUUUCACUAGAUCAAAAUGUUUGAAAUUUAACACACUUGGGACCGACUUCUACUAUCAAACAUAAAAGGAAAUCGUUUUGGUACGUGUUUGGCUACGUAAAUUAAAUUUUGCAUGAGGUUAUAAGGAAUUUUCUUGAAACAGAAUCAAAACUUCUCCAAUAUAUCGAACAAUAUGUGGAACGCAUUUAGAGUAAAAAUGUAGAAUUAAUAUGUUAACCAGUGCCAACAUAAAAUGUAAAACGGUUAAUUGAACACUGGCAAUGUAAACUUCUCAAACGAAGAUUGAACAGGAAUAUGAUAUAAAUUGAUUAGACUGAUUAGAUAAUGUGUAUGUGUAUCCAAUCGGUAGAAACGAAUAAAAUUCUUUUACUGAAUAUCAACCAAUUUGAUUGAGAAUUGUCAACUACAGCACGAAUUUCCCAAACUGAUGGAGGGUAGGCUUGGAAGAACAUUGACUAGAUGAAUAAAACUGUUCCUAUGGAUUUAUGACUA